ACUCAGAAACCAAAGAGAGGACCCUGUGGAAGAUCAUCUCACCCUUUUUGUUGACAUUCACUCUGGGUGGCAAAUGGAGAACCACACCUACCCUAAGAACAUGUUCCUCCUGGAGGGGUUAAAGGUCACUCAACAGUCCUCCUACCCUGCCUUCAUCCUUCUCCUCAUCAUCUACAUCUUCACGAUGGUAUCCAACAUCGGCCUCAUACUACUGAUCUCCAUGGAGAGGAGCCUGCACCAGCCCAUGUACAUCCUCUUCUGCAACCUACCUCUCAAUGACGCUCUUGGAGCCACGGUUAUCAUCCCUCGUUUGCUGAGUGACAUAUUUGUGGCAAGCGCAGAACGCUACAUUAACAACGUUGCGUGUGCCAUCCAAGCAUUUUGCGCCCACAUGUUUGGCACAACAUCACAUACAAUACUGAUUAUCAUGGCCUUUGAUAGAUAUGUGGCCAUCUGCUACCCCCUGCGAUAUGCCACCAUCAUGACCAACAGGAUGAUUGCAAAACUGACUUUUUUUGCCUGGGGGUCUGCCUUUCUGCUUGUGGGGGUCCUCCUGGGCCUCACACUCAGCCUGUCACGAUGCAGAUCUGAAAUCUUCAACCCCUUCUGUGACAAUGCCUCGUUAUUCAAGCUCUCCUGUGAAAGCGUUAUUAUUAACAAUAUCUAUGGACUCACUUUUACCAUCCUACUCCUGGGGUCCUCCAUAGGGAGUGUGACACUAACAUACCUUAAGAUAGCUAUAGUGUGUGUGAGAAACAAAAACAGGGUUCUGAAUAGCAGGGCCUUGCAGACCUGCUCCACACACCUGUCUGUGUACAUCAUCAUGCUGGUGUCCGGUUUCAUCAUCAUCUUUCUCCAUCGCUUCCCUCAGUGGGCCGACCACAGGAAACUGUCAGCCAUUUUGUUUAAUGUGGUUCCUCCUUGGCUCAAUCCUAUUAUAUACGGUCUGCAGACCAAAGAAAUCAGACAGAAAAUCUUCAACAAGUUUCAAAAUAAUAAAGUGACUGUAUGAUGAAUGGUUGUAAGAAAAAAUAUGUAUUAAUUCUUAUUCUGAUUUGUCUCGCUCUCGUUAUGAAAAGCCAACUGACAUUGGUGUUGAAUUGCUGCACCCUCUAGGCCAUGGGUUCACAUUUUCACUCGGAGGCCCCUUUCCAGCAUUGGGGAACAUCACCCCCCCAGCACACGUGCACAUGUGCGACAUUUAUUUCUAUGGGCAGAGGCACUGUUCAUGACACAAACUGUUCCCACCCCUCUUAUUGGUGGAGAGAAUUUAGCACGUCAAGCUAAUUUACAGAGUAGUCAUGGAUUGUGCAACUUCAAUUGUUUAGUUGAAGUGGAACUGGCAGCAUUUUAUCAACAUGAUUUUUUAAAAUUUUAUCACUGACAAGCGAGCGCGCUUAGAUAUGGUCAUUUUCAUGUUUUCAUAAAUUUCGAGAAUUUUGGGGAAUUACGUAUACUAAAGCAUUUGUAAAAAUUAUAUUUGACUAAUUUUCAAUGGAAAUAUGGGCAGGGUCUCUAGUUUUUUUUUUUGUGGGGGCCUUACCGUUAAACACUUCCGGAGAAUAUUUUGUAUUUAGCUAACUAAUUCACUAUCGCUAUCACAACUUCCAAAACAUGGAUUCACGCAAAAUGUGCCUUUUAUGUUCAGUAAGGGAUGCCACAAUAACUGACAGAAAAGAAAGCUGUUCAUGGAGCAGGAGUGUUUGAACCACCAAACAUUUUAGAGGAGGGAGUGCUGUUGCGGUAAAGCAAGCAGUACCGGAGCGCCAAAUCUAGGUCCAAAAGGCUUCUUAACAGCUUCUAGCCCCAAGCCAUAAGACUCCUGAACAGCUAAUCAAAGGGCUACCCAGACCCCUCUUUUACGCUGCUGCUACUCUCUGUUUAUUAUCUAUGCAUGGUCACUUCUACUCUACCUACACGCACAUAUUACCUCAAUUACCUCGACUAACCGGUACCCCCGCACAUUGAAUCUAUACUGGUACAGUGCCCCCUGUAUAUAGCCUCGCUUUUGUUAUUUUAGUGCUGCUGUUUAAUUAUUUGUUACUUCUAUUUUUUACUGAACACAUUUUUCUUCACUUCUUAAAGCAUUGUGGUGAAGUGCUUGAAAGUAAGCAUUUCACUGUAAGGUUUACACCUAUUGUAUUCGGGGCAUGUGACAAAUAAAAUGUGAUUUGAUUUAUGUUGGCCACAUACCACACCCCCACAGGCCUUAUUGCUUAAAUAUAUACUGUAUAUAGUUUCCUGUUCAAUCUGAUUCAGUUUAAUGCUCCUACUUGUAUUGUACCUGUUCCUGAUAAUUACAGAGAUCCACUAGGAUCAGGGGUGGGCAAAUUCCAGUCCUCGAGGGCCUGAUUGGUGUCACAAUUUUGCCCCAGCUAAAACACCUGACUCCAAUAAUCACCUAAUCAUGAUCUUCAGUUUAGAAUGCAAUUUGAUUAAUCAGCUGUGUUUGCUAGGGAUGGAGAAAAAGUGUGACACCAAUCAGGCCCUCGAAGACUGGAGUUGCCCACCCCUGCAUGGUGCUGCAAUCAUUCCAAAAUGUCUCUAACAGACCAAGAGGGAAGAUAACUGUUUAUCAAGUGCCACAUUGUUUUUCAUAAUUUGUGCCACUUGAAAACCAAACCCAGAAUCAAACUGAAAACACAUUUGAAACCCUCCUAUUCCUUAACUUCAAAAUGUUAAGUAUUAAAGAAAAUGUCAACAAAGUGGAAUU